GGAUCCAGCUGGAGAAAUGUCUGCAGGACGAGCCGCUGACGCUUUGUGCUUCUUCGUCAACGGACGGAAGGUGACGGAGGAGCGUCCCGACCCGGAGACGACGCUGCUGUCCUUCCUGCGGGACAACAUGAGGCUGACAGGAACCAAGUACGGCUGCGGCGGCGGCGGCUGCGGCGCCUGCACCGUCAUGGUGUCGCGCUACCAACCCGCCACCAAAACCAUCCUGCACCAGGCGGUGAACGCCUGCCUGCUGCCGCUCUGCCAGCUGCAGGGCGUUGCCGUGACAACGGUGGAGGGCGUCGGCAGCACCAAGACCAGGAUCCACCCGGUCCAGGAGCGGAUCGCGAAGGCUCACGGCUCUCAGUGUGGCUUCUGCACCCCCGGCAUGGUGAUGUCCAUGUACGCCCUGCUGAGGAACAAGCCUCAGCCCAACAUGGACGACAUCACCGAGGCUCUGGCCGGGAACCUGUGUCGCUGCACCGGGUACCGGCCCAUCGUGGACGGCUGCAGGACCUUCUGCCAGGAAGUGAACUGCUGCCAAGCCAACGGAGACGGGCCCUGCUGCGCCGACAAACCCCAGCAUGAUGCACCGCAGCUGUUUGACCAGGACGACUUCCUGCCACUCGACCCGACGCAGGAGCUCAUCUUCCCGCCCGAGCUGAUUCUGAUGGCGGAGGCAGGAAGCCAGGGGACGCGGACGUUUCGUGGCGAGCGGAUGACCUGGGUGUCCCCGGCCUCGCUGGAGGAUCUGCUCCAGCUGAAGACACGACACCCGCAGGCGCCGCUGCUCAUGGGCAACACCAACACCGGUCCGGACAUAAAGUUCAAAGGUGUCGUGCACCCACUGAUCAUAUCCCCGAGCAGAGUGAAGGAGCUGUUUGAAGUCACUCAGACGCCACAGGGAGUGUGGGUGGGCGCCGGCUCCAGUCUGUCUGCUGUGAAGUCCGUUUUGGAAAAGCUGGUUGCUCAGUUUUCCUCGGAGAAGACGGAGCUGUUCAGAGCCCUGAUCCAGCAGCUCAGAAACCUGGGAAGCCAGCAGAUCCGCAACGUUGCUACCCUUGGAGGAAACAUUGCGAGCGCUUAUCCUAACUCAGACCUGAACCCCAUUUUGGCUGCUGGGAACUGCAAACUAAGUAUAAUAUCAGCAAAUGCAGGAAGACGAGAGCUUCCACUGAAUCAAGAUUUCUUCAUCGGCUUUAGAAAAACCAUCCUGAAACCAGAGGAAAUCAUCGUCUCUGUCUUCAUUCCUCUUUCGAGAAAGGGGGAGGUGGUCCGAGCUUUCCGCCAGGCCCCGAGGAAGGAGAGCGCCCUGGCCACGGUGACGUGCGGGAUGAGGGUGUUUUUCGGAGAGGGAUCCCGGCUGGUGCAGGAGCUCAGUGUUUACUACGGAGGAGUGGGACCGGCCACCGUCAGCGCCGCCAAAACCUGCACGGCGCUCGUGGGAAGGCCGUGGGACGACGAGACACUGAGCCGAGCCUGCGACGUCCUGCUGGAGGAGCUCACCCUGCCGCCCUCGGCUCCCGGGGGAAAGGUGGAGUUUCGUCGCUCUUUGACUCUCAGCCUUUUCUUCAAGUUCCACCUGGAAGUCGUGCGGAGCCUCAGAGAUCUGGGCGUGGUGGGGGCGGAGCCUGUGGACCAGGUGUGCAGUGCGCUCACACCUCUGCCCAGACAGGUGGAGGCCGGCCUGCAGGACUUCCAGAGUGUGUCAGAGAGCCAGAGUGCCCAGGACCCGGUGGGACGUCCCGUGAUGCACCGCUCCGCCCUCAGCCAGGCCACGGGUGAGGCGGUGUACUGCGACGACCUGCCCCGGACAGAGGGGGAGCUCUUCCUGGCUCUGGUCACCAGCACGCGGCCACACGCCAAGAUCACGGCGCUGGACGUCAGCGAGGCCCUGCAGCUCCCCGGCGUCGUCGAUGUCGUCACCUCCAAAGACAUCCCCGGCAAGAAAGUCCGAAGGUCGUUUGGGUACGAAGAGGAGCUGCUGGCCGAGGAGGAGGUGUCCUGUGUGGGUCAGAUGGUGUGUGCGGUGCUCGCCGACACCAAAGCUCACGCCAAACGCGGCGCGGCGGCCGUGAGGAUCAGCUACCAGGACCUCCCGGAUCCGGUUCUCACCAUCGAGGAAGCCGUUGAGAGGAGCUCCUUCUUUGAGCCUCGGCGGCUGCUGGAGCGAGGAAACGUCACCGAGGCUUUCAGCGCCGUCGACCACGUUUACGAAGGGCGGAUCCAUCUGGGCGGUCAGGAGCAUUUCUACAUGGAGACACAGAGCAUGCUGGUGGUCCCUGUGGGCGAGGAGAGCGAGCUGAGGCUGUACGUGUCGUGCCAGUGGCCCACGCUGACCCAGGAGGCGGUCGCCGAGACGCUCGCCAUCCCGUCCAACAGGGUCUCCUGUCACGUCAAGAGGGUGGGCGGGGCCUUCGGAGGGAAAGUCACCAAGACGACCAUCAUCGCCUGCAUCACCGCUGUGGCCGCGUGGAAGACGGAGCGGGCCGUGCGCUGCGUGCUGGAGCGAGGCGAGGACAUGCUGAUCACAGGAGCUCGUCACCCCGUGCUGGCAACAUACAAAGUGGGCUUCAUGGACGACGGGAGGAUCGUCGCCGCAGAUAUUCAGUACUACACCAACGCCGGCAACACCGUGGACGAGUCCAUCCUGGUCAUUGAGAAGAUCCUCCUUCAUAUGGACAACACCUACGACAUCCCCCACCUGCGGGGCCGCGCCGCCGCCUGCAGGACCAACCUGCCCUCCAACACGGCCUUCAGGGGCUUCGGCGUGCCCCAGAGCCUCAUGGUCCUGGAGAACAUGGUCAACGACGUGGCCAUGGUGCUGGGACGUCCCGCACACGAGAUCCGUGAAGUCAACAUGUACAGAGGGCCGUCCCUCACCCACUACAAGAUGGAGUUCGACCCCGAGAAUCUGCUGCGCUGCUGGGACGAGUGCAAGGCCAAGGCGGAGCUCAGCGCCCGGCGCCGGGCCGUCGCCCAGUUCAACCAGCAGAGCCGCUGGAAGAAGAGGGGGCUGUCCGUCAUCCCCAUCAAGUACGGCAUCGCCUUCGGAGAGGGCUUCCUCAACCAGGCUGCAGCUCUGGUCCACAUCUAUAAAGACGGCUCUGUCCUGGUGAGCCACGCCGGCGUGGAGAUGGGCCAGGGACUCCACACCAAAAUCCAGCAGGUGGCGAGCCGGGAGCUUCGUAUUCCCAGCUCCAAGAUCUACAUCUCUGAGACCAGCACCAGCACCGUGCCCAACACCUGCCCCUCCGCCGCCUCCUUCGGCACCGAUGCCAACGGCAUGGCGGUCAAGAACGCCUGUGAGACGCUGUACAAGCGACUGGAGCCGAUCAGGAAACAGAACCCCAAGGGAUCAUGGGAAAGCUGGAUCAUGGCCGCGUUUUUUGAGAAGAUCAGUUUGUCGGCGACUGGAUUCCACAGGGGUCCAGAUCUCGGUAUGGACUGGGACAAGAUGGAGGGUCGGCCGUACCACUACUUCACCUACGGCGUGUGCUGCAGCGAGGUGGAGCUGGACUGCCUGACGGGCGACUGCAGGACGGUGAGGACGGACAUCGUGGUGGACAUCGGCAGGAGCAUCAACCCGUCUGUGGACAUCGGCCAGAUAGAGGGAGCGUUCCUGCAGGGUCUGGGUCUCUUCAGUCUCGAGGAGUUGACCUUUUCUCCGUCUGGGUUCCUCUGCGCUCUCGGUCCGUCUCAGUACCACAUCCCCGCCGUCUGCGACGUGCCGCUGCGCCUCAACGUGCACCUGCUGCCCGACUCCCACAACCCGCACGCCAUCUACUCCUCCAAGGGUAUCGGUGAGCCCGUCCUCUUCCUGGGCAGUUCUGUGUUCUUCGCCAUCAAAGACGCCGUGGCGGCGGCCCGGGCCGAUUCCGGUCUGGUCGGCCCGUUUCCCCUGGACAGCCCCGCCACCCCGGAGAGGGCCUGCCUGUCCUGCGCCACGCCGUUCACACAGAAGAUUCCAGCCGGUAAACCAGGAUCUUUGAAACCGCGGGCCGUGAAUAUAUGAAACAGAAAACUGACUUCUCUGACGUAAUCAAAUCACCGCUUUACUGACUGACAAACAUGCAUUUUAAUCUGCUCUUUUACUAAUUUCUGAUGCAUAAGCUGCGCACUGUAAUCUGUAUUAACUCACUAACUUUUGCACUAAUUUGUCACAAGCUCUGACUCUCGAUUGAAGUGAAACUGAAUUUGUCCUGAUGUUGUGAAGGAAACGCCUUUAUAUGUCAGCGGUUUAGCCGAUGCUGCUGUCUGGAGCGACUGGUGGUGUCAUUUUUUACAACAACACAAUAAAUACCCAGUG